AUGGAGCAGAAUCCAUCUCAAGGACACCUCACAUCAUCGGCCUCGUAUAUCCCUGGGGGAAAGAUGCAGAAUCCUGCUGAGAAUUGGAUGCAGAGGCAGUGCAUCAUCAUCGAGUGUGCCACUGCCUGGCCACUCUCAACCGCCCCUAACGCAGCCAGCGAAUGGGCUUCAAACCCCAAGAGUCACCAACCUGCACACCAUGGUGCUGCACACCCCGCAGCAUAA